ACCGGCUCCGCCCCCACCCUUUGUGACUUUGUUGCUGUCUCUAUCUGUCCGUAUCACGCACCAACCCCUCGUCCUGCGGGCUCCGGGAUCACGUGGUAUGCGGGCAGUUCCGCUUCCGUUGUGGCGACCCCUAGCGUUGGGUCUCGUUUCCCGCCUUGUGCCGUCUCUGUCUCGGCCCGUCCCGCGCUGGAGGCUGCGGCCGGGGGCGCUGAGCCGGCUGGCGGCUGCGCGGGGGCCCCGGAGGAGCCCGUGGUCUCCCUGGCCGAUGUGCUGGCGGAGAACGAGGAGCUCGAGAAGGAGGCGCGGGCGGUGCUGGGUGGGAGCGACCACGAGCGCUGCAGCUACUCCCAGGGUGCUGUAAAAAGACAAGCCUUGUAUGCCUGCAGUACUUGCACUCCACCAGGAGAAGAACCAGCAGGGAUCUGUUUAGCUUGCAGUUAUGAAUGUCAUGGCACACACAAGUUAUUUGAACUAUAUACAAAAAGAAACUUCCGCUGUGACUGUGGCAACAGCAAAUUCAAAAAUUUGCAGUGCAAGUUAUUUCCGGAAAAGGGAAAAGUGAAUUCAGGCAAUAAAUAUAAUCACAACUUCUAUGGAUUAUACUGUGUUUGUGAAAGACCUUAUCCUGAUCCUGAAGAUGAGAUCCCAGAUGAAAUGAUCCAGUGCAUAGUUUGUGAAGACUGGUUCCAUGGAAGGCACCUUGGUACAGUUCCCCCUGAGAGUGGGGACUUCCAUGAGAUGGUGUGCCAGACCUGCAUGAAUUCCUGUGCUUUUCUUUGGGCCUAUACUUCGCAGUUAGCAGUUCCUACUGUGACUAAAGUGAAAUCACUUGAAGAUGAAAAGAUUGUACUGAAUGUCAAGGAAUCUGAAGAACAGAAAAGAGAAAUCAAAAAGGAAAGUGGAGAUCAUCCAGGGAAGAUCAAGGAAGAGGAGCAAGUAGAACAAUUUAAUGAGCCAUCUACUAGUUCUGGGUCUAAAUGCCCAGAGACUGUUUUGAAAAGUGAUGAACCAGUCUGUAAACUGCGAGAACUCCAGACCAUGCAAUCUCUGAAGAAGGAUACUGCCACCUUUUGGCCAUCAAACUGGCGGAGUAAAUUGUGCACAUGCAAAGACUGUUUAAAAAUGUAUUCAGAACUGGAUGUCCAAUUCCUGAUUGAUGAAUGUGACACUGUCUUGGCCUAUGAGAAUAAAGGUACAAGUGACCAGGAAACAGACCGAAGAGAUCCUUUAAUGGACACUCUUAAUAGCAUGAACAGAGUCCAGCAAGUAGAACUCAUCUGUGAAUACAACGACUUAAAGACAGAACUGACUGAAUAUCUCAGGAGAUUUGCAGAUGAUGGAACAGUUGUUAAAAGAGAAGACAUUCAGCAAUUCUUUGAAGAAUUUCAGUCACGCAAGAGAAGACGGACAAAUAGGAUGCAGUACUACUGCAGUUAGAAAAAAGCUUUAACUUUCAUUAAGGACAAAUGGAAAAAGCUAUCCUUCAGUUAACAGAAACAGCACCUUUGCUAAUAUUUGACCUCCCCCCCCCAAUCCUGCUUUUCAAGAAGCCUCCUCCAACUGUACUCAUUCAUUCUGUUCCAUAAAAUGCUUCUUACUUUUGCAACUUAAUACAGGUCUCUAAGAUGCAGAGGUGUCUUGCAUAGCAACUUAUCAUGCACAUUUUGUACAGUGUCAGUAUAUUUAACAGUUAUCAUAAAUUGGUUUGGUUUCAGAGGGAGUGAAUUGGUUGGUCCUUGUUAAAACAGCUUGUGCCACUGUUUCCUUUUUAGCCUUUGACCUUUUCACUUGAGCCAUAUAACAUAUUAAAGAUGAGAGCAGACAGCCUUCUAAAACAGGAAUAAAUGUACACUGUACUGUGGUAUAGUGUUGUUUUGUCUGGUUUGAAUACUUCCAUAGUAACUGUUGUGGGUGCAGUAGUACUAAAGUUUCUGAUGCAAAGGGUUCCUGUUGACCUGGGAUAUUUAACCAGAGUGCACAAUGGACAUAAUUCUCUAUACAUUAAGGUACAUUUAAUCACUUAGGGUGCAUCUGCACAGCACCUUUACCUCAAAAAUAAGCUAGGCAAAUUGUGUAGCUUAUUCCAAGGUUAUUUCGAAAUAACUCAUUUCAAAAUUUGGCGCUGUUUACACAGUGCCAAAUUUCAAAAUAAAGCAGUAGUUCGACAAAUCCUUUAAUCCUCGUGGAAUGAGGGUUACAGGGAUGUCAGAAUAGUGUGCCCAUUAUUUUGAAAUAUUUCAAAAUAAUCAGGGGCAUUUGAAGAUGUGCGGUAUUCCGAAAUAGCUCUGCUGUGUAGAUGUAGCCAUAGGAGAACUACAGCUUAAAAGUAGGGUCAUAAUGUGAACUUAAAUUGCAUUGUACUUGCACAGACUAAGUCCCUUGUUACUGGGGAGUAUGUUUUCUGGGUAGGAGGAGAUUAAGGAAUCAUGGACUUUCCUUCAAUCAACAGCGCAUGGCAUUAAUAUAUUUUUAUUUUGUAGGAAAAAAACUUGGUUCAUUUCAUUGUAUGGUAACGUCUUACAUUAAUGGAGUGUCAGUUUUAUCCUCUUGCUAGAAUAUAAAUGGAAUUCUAAAUGUGGGAUACUAAUAGGUUACAAACUAAGCUUUGGGGUUUUUAAAAAUUGACCUACCAUAAGCUACUCUAGUUUUAAAUGUUAUAGAAAGGAAUAUAUCAACGUAACAUUUUAAAACCUAUUUACUGAAGUAUAAACUAACUUGUGACCUUUUUGGAACCACUGUUGUAAUUACUGAACAUAAGAUUCAAUCUACAGCUGCAGUCCUUAAAACCAAACUUUAAAAUAUCAGAACUUACAGGUUAGUUGGUUUAAAACCCACAAGUGAGAUUGUGAAUUUUUUCCAUGGAUUAACAUUAAAAUCUGAAGCUGAUACGCAUAGUACUUGAGGGGGCUAGCAUUUUCACAGGAGGCUGGUUUCACAUCAAACGUACUGCUUUUUUGUUUUUAAGCUUGUCCUUUACUAUUCUCUCCAUUAAUUUUGUUUGACUGCCUAACUUUGCAAAGCCUACUUUGGGCAGAAAUAGAUACUCAUUUAAUUGGUUUUAGGCAGAUAUGAGAAGUUGCUUUUAAAACAACAUUUCUGGAUCCUGUAGGUGCUUUUUUUUUUUUUAGAAAUUGUUACUGGAGUUGACCUGCCUAACUAACUCCAAAAAUGAUUCUGUAAAAUUUAAUAAAAUUACUGUUCAGAUAA